AGGCCCCCCCCUAAAUUGAAGAGCCUCUGUGUUAAACCCUAAACCCCGAAACUGUGAAAUUGUGGGAUUUGAAGAUGGAUAAGAGCAUGCUGCAGGGGGCGGACUUGGAUAGUCUUCCUGAAGAAGAUAAGAAGAGAAUGGCCACCAUGAUCGACCAGCUUCAGAUUCGUGACAGUUUGAGGAUGUACAAUUCAUUGGUGGAGAGCUGUUUCAGUGACUGCGUAGACAGCUUUACGCGCAAGGCCCUGACCAAGCAAGAGGAAACGUGUGUUAGAAGGUGUGCGGAGAAGUUCCUGAAGCAUUCGAUGCGUGUUGGUAUGAGAUUUGGAGAGCUCAACCAAGGAGCAGCUACCCAGGAUUAGGCUCUAUCUAAAUAUCAUUUUUGGUAUGGGAAUCUUGUGAAACUUUCUGUUUGCUUCGCCUUGGAUCUAGAAUGAUUCCCAUAGUUACUAUAGAGAGGACGGACUUAUGUUACAAUUUGUAUGAAAGAAGAAAAUUUGGUUUAACUGGAUAUUGAUGAGCUUCUUAUAUGGAUAAUUCUGUUUCACAGUUUCUGGAAAUUGCAUGAAUAAAGCAUUGUUCCUUUCCAA